UAAUGUGCAGCGAAGGGAACCGGAAACAGGUGUUAAACACGUCACUGCUGGGGAAGCAAAACAAGUCGCUGUGUUGUUGUUGUUGUUGUUGUUCACCGUUCGUCCUGUUUACAGAGUUUAAACUCUUCGCGUCGUCUCGUGUUCACGGUCGUCCAUCAAGGGCCGCUCAUCUACCGGCAGCUCCCCGGUAACCGGAGGGAAGCCGCCAUGGCUCAGCAGAGAGGCGUCAACAGCCUGCAGUUCAACCAGGACCAGAGCUGCUUCUGCUGCGCCAUGGAGACGGGGGUCCGCAUCUACAACGUGGAGCCGCUGAUGGAGAAAGGUCACCUGGACCACGAGCAGGUGGGCAGCGUGGCCUCGUGCUCCAUGCUGCACCGAUCCAACCUGCUGGCCGUCGUUGGGGGCGGAGUCCACCCCAAGUUCUCCGAAAUAUCCGUUCUGGUGUGGGACGACGCUCGGGAGUCCCGUGACCCCAAAGACAAGCUGGUCCUGGAGUUCACCUUCACCAAACCCGUGCUGGCUGUGCGCAUGAGACACGACAAGAUCAUCAUCGUUUUGAAGAACAGGAUCUACGUUUACAGUUUCCCAGACGACCCCGUGAAGCUGUUUGAGUUCGACACCAGAGACAACCCCAAAGGUCUGUGUGAUCUGUGUCCCAGUUUGGAGAAGCAGCUGCUGGUGUUCCCGGGUCACAAGUGCGGCAGCCUGCAGCUGGUCGACCUGACCAACACCAAACCCGGCACCUCGUCGGCGCCGUUCACCAUCAACGCCCACCAGAGCGAGAUCGCCUGCGUGGCGCUGAACCAGCCGGGCAGCGUGGCGGCGUCGGCGUCCCGCAAGGGGACGCUCAUCCGCCUGUUUGACACCACCACCAGGGACAAGCUGGUGGAGCUGCGCCGGGGGACGGACCCCGCCACCCUCUACUGCAUAAACUUCAGCCACGACUCCUCCUUCCUGUGCGCCUCCAGCGACAAAGGAACCGUGCACAUCUUUGCCCUCAAAGACACCAAACUCAACCGCCGCUCCGCGCUGGCCCGGGUGGGGAAGGUGGGCCCUGUGAUCGGUCAGUACGUGGACAGCCAGUGGUCGCUGGCCAGCUUCACCGUGCCGGCGGAGUGCGCCUGCAUCUGCGCCUUCGGGAAGAACACGUCCAAGAACGUCAACAGUGUCAUCGGUGACCUUUAUGAGCAUGAACACAUGCUAUCUGUGUGGACGGGACGUUUCAUAAAUACGUUUUCACUCCGGAUGGAAACUGCAACAGAGAAGCCUUCGAUGUGUAUCUGGACAUCUGUGACGACGACGACUUCUGAUCACAACGGGAGGAGGAAUUGGGGAAGGAAAGAUGAGAAGGAAAGAGGACUAGGAGCAUGAAUGAAAAUGACUUUGUGUUGGAGACGGACGGAGACGUGUAAUGAUUGGGUCUCCAGCGUGAACUUCAUUCUGUGCGUCACAUGACGAGACACGUCACAAUCGGACUGAACUAUUACAUCUCUGCUGUUUGCUUCAUUUAUCUUCAUACAGUGAUGGUGAGCACCUCCGUAUCAUGUGAGGAACCUUAAAGGAACCUUGAAGGAAGAGCUGAUCGUCUUUCGAGUGGCGACGAUCAAACAGCCACCAAACCUUCAAUCGUUAAUGGGUUCUGUUCAUUUCCUGUAAACUUCACAAUAAAAGCUUUCUUCUCACCCUCCCUAUGGGGCCAUGAAA